GAGUGCCACCUUAUAAUAGAUGGUAAAGAUAGAAGCAAUAAACAAAAAAGUAAGAAAAGAAAGCUAGCUGUGCACUGCCUUUUGCCUCCUCUCUUUACUUUUCUUUUAAAACCUCACUCUUCCAAACAUAAUUUCAAAACAAAAGAACACCAAACAUCAUUCUUAAUGUUCAUGAAAUCUCAAGAUUUGAAAUCCAAGUAGCUCAAACAACAUUCAACAAGACAAGAAACUAACACCAUGAAAGGUAGAAAGUGUAAAGAAGCUCCUUCAACAGAUCUAUUAGUCUGUUUUCCUUCAAGAGCUCAUCUAACACUUAUGCCAAGUCCAGCCACUCAUCAUCAUCAUAAUCACCAUUUGAAGAGAUCUAACACAAGAGGUAUUGGACCUGCUGGACAAGCUAGUCCUAUGUUAUGGAAAAGGACAGAGAUUUCAGAGCCUACAUCACCAAAAGUCACUUGUGCCGGGCAAAUCAAAGUAAGGCACAAGCCUAAAUCAUGCAAGAUCAAGAAUUGGCAAUCAGUAAUGGAAGAGAUUGAAAAGUUACAUGUCAAGAAGCAUAAAAAGAAAAAAACUGUUUGGAUGGAAGCAGUUGGAUUCAAGAAAGACGCGAUGCAGUUCUUGACAUGUUUGAGGAAUAUAAGGUUUGAUUUUCGAUGUUUUGGUUCGUUUCAUACUGAUGAAACAGAUGUUAUCACUUCUGAUGAUGAGGAGGAAGAUCAAGAAAAUGAAGAAGAUAUUCAAGAAAAUGAUGAUGAUGAAGUAGCAGCAUCAAGAACUGUGUUCUCUAAGUGGUUCAUGGUUUUACAAGAAAAUCAGAAAACAGAGUAUACAAAAGAAGCAGAGGAAACAGAGCAUAAACAAAAAACAGAGGAAACAGAGUACUCUGUUUUUGGUCAUAAUGAUAAUUAUGAUGGUCCUUCAUGUGCACCACCACCCAACGCACUUUUGCUCAUGCGUUGCCGUUCUGCUCCAGCAAAAGGUUUGCUGGAGCAGAAACACGAGGACAACGAUAAUGAACGAAAGAAUGAAACAUCAAGAAUGGACGAAUUGGAAAGUAUUAAAAAGACUAAUAAGUUGAAAAAAUUAGUAGUGAUGAGAUAUGGGAGUGAUUUCUACAAAUUUUCAUCUGAUAUAUCAAAAGAGAAUUGGGUUGUGGGUGGAAUUAAGGAUCCAAUAUCAAGAAGUCGAAGUUCGAAGAGGUAAUUAACAUUACCGAUGAUCAAAUUCAAGGUCAAUAGUAUUCACUUAUCUUCCGGUGUGACUUGAUCCUUCAACAAACUGGUUGAGAUGUUCGACUACUAGAGCUAGAUUGAUGGUUGAGAUGCUCGACCACUAGAGCUAGCUUCACUUACCAGUCUUUUGGCCAAAUAUCCCACUUUUGUUUGAAGUUUCUUCAAAUACCUAGCAUUUAAAAAUUUUAAUGUUUGAAUUUAUCUUUUAGUAAUGUGUACGUAGAUGUGUAAUUCUGUAUAGUAUGUUUUCUUUUCCCCUUGUCUAUGGUUGUUUACUCAAAACAAUAUACAAUCUUGGGAUAUAUUUUUGAUGGAGAAAA